AUGGAUGCUGCGGAUGAGACCAUUCCAGAUGCUUCAUCACAGAUGGAAGCCGCUCGAAAGGUCGUACUGCAAGCUCGCGAGCUUGAGGCUCAGCUGGAGACUUCGGAGAAUGAGCAGUUGCGUGAAUCGGCGAGGAUGGCCAUACGGGAUGCCCGGGAAUCUGCAGAGGCCACCCUGGCGAACCUUCGAGAGGCCUGGAGCUCCCUGUCAAAGCAAGAAAUACAAUGCGCGGUACGGCCCGAGUGGCUGCAUUUCGCUCCGGACACGAAGCACAAGUUGCAGCAUUCAUCUCCAUAUAUCGAGAAGUUGAUGCAGCCGCUUGCGCCGGCGGAGGACUGCGAGGUGGAGGACCCAUGGUGCCGCGAUCGCGCCGAAGACCAGUGCUUGUCGCACGCGAUGUCUUUGGAGGCUGCGAAAGAAACAGAGGAUGCAGAUAUCGUAACCGCCCUGUUCGACGCGGAGAGGCCAGUUUGUGCUGAGGCUUGGUACUCUGCUGUUACCAUCCACGCGCCUGAUUUCCGUCGCCUUCUUGCCUCCUACAUCGACACGAGCGGUGCGCACUACGACCGGGAUCCUCAGGGACAAAGUCGAAGAAUUCUGGUUGUGGCCACAAUGGUGCUGAUGAUUGACAGAGCUGCUUGCGCCCAGUUCCCUCUCUUGGAAGAACAUUCUUUGGGCAUAGACAUGAACAUGCUGCAUGUCAUCCUCGCUCCUCAUCUGCAGCUCGGCAGCCAUGGGAAACCAUCAUUUUAUUCGUUUAGCAUAGCUGUACGUGCUUCCACGCUCGAUCCAACGACAGCACGCAGGCAUGAACGGAAGAUCCUCCAGUCCUUGGAGGCCUACGCUCAUCAGCGCAACUCCGCUGCCUGCCCAAGCACAGCCGACCCGUGCGUUUCCGACAAGAGUUUUGGGGUGAAGUUUGCCAAAAGCAACCUGCAGGGUGUCCGAGCAAGGAUCCAUCAGGAGUGCAAACGGAACCAAGAGAGGAAGAAGGAGGAGAUCGAAGCAGCCGUAAAGCGGCACUCCGCCUUGUUGAGCCGUGCAGAGGAGCAGGCUGCUUUCGCCGGUUUCGCAUGUCGCCGUGCAUACGGUGGCACCUAUGAGACGCACUCGCCUUCGUGUCGGAAGUGCGAGAAGCAUCGGGCAGCGAGACAGUAUCGGUCGCAGGCCGAUCAGAUAAACAUCGCCUUCUAUGAAAAGCUGUUGCCAGAAGCUCAGGACGAACAGCACGCUGUUGUUUACGAGCUGCAGCAGCCCGACCUCCUUGCCUUGCAGCGGGACGCAAUUCUACUCUUUGCUCGCGAGAUCGCCGUCCCGGAAGAUUUCUACUCUGGCCAGCAGCAAGCUUUGUGGAACGAGGAUCCGUGCCUGCAGAAGUGGCGAACCUUGGAGGCAGUGGCUUUCUCGCUGGGUUCCACCCGGAGGAAGUUCUGUCAGACACAUUAUCGGCAGGCACACGUGCUUUCGCAUCCCAGCUUUGUCGUUCCACAUGGGUACAACAUAGUGUUGGCCGGUGACAAGCCCGAUGAGAAUGACAACGACCUCGUCAGUGCUACUCUUAAAUGGAAUGUGGAGCCGUUGGUCAAACUUGUCACGGAUGAUGUGCGGUACCAGGUGCUUGACAAGCAUGUAUCCGGCUGGAAGCGCAACGAGAACCAGGCUAUUGCGCUGAAGUCAGAGGCACAUGUUGACAUAUCCUUGCUUGAGUUCGAGACAUUCGGAGGCUUACGCAGUGGGCUGCAACUGCAAAUUCCUCGGCUGAUGUGCGCAGUUGCGCAGCACAGCCUUACCUUCUACCGUCUGGGGGUCUUGAACAUGGUCAAGGCAUUGCUAUGGCAAGUUGGCCCGCCUCUGAUAGGCUCACAGGAAUGGCCGAGCGAUGGGCCGUCGUCUGAUCCAGAGCCUGCAGUUCUCCGCGAGGCCGCUCGCUGUUUGGUCGAGGAUGAGCUCGUUUUGAAGCUUUGUAUGCAGAUUGGUUCUUUGCUUGAUCGGUCAAGGGAAAAUUGGACACAGAAUCGGACAUUGCUCUUUGUUGUACAUGUUGCCAGAUUCUUGGCUGAGCAUUCUCGACAGGGACUUAGCACAGAAGCCCACAACAUCUUGCUCACUGCACGCCGCAUUGGUAUUGAUUGGCUGCAGCGUCUUCGAAGAGUUGUGCAAGAGACAACGGAUAUCACAGCAGUCGCAGAUCUCCGAAACAAGAUCGUGGACGUUGCUGCAACCACAACGCUGACAUUCGUUCCUAAACCUUGCGUGGGCGCGCAGCUCCCUGCUUGCAUGUCGGCGGAUGCGUUCGUUGAUUGGCUACGAGUCCGGGCUGCGUGCUUUGACAACAUCCUUCUUGGGCGAUCGCAAGAGAAGAGCAUGCCCCGAGAACGCCGGCUGCUCCUUCGGCAUGCCAUGUGCGUAGCCCUCAGCAUCGAGCACGACAUCCACGGCAUGUCUCUCCCGACACGCUUGACAGAAUUCUCGCGAGAGCACUGGGGUGGAGGGAGGGAUGGAAUUUAUGGGGUGUGGACGCGCUGUCCCGCGCCUGCAGGUCGUUGGUACAGGGUCCACUUCCAGUUACAGCCAGGGGCUGGCCGCUGCACUCUUCAUGUGGAUGUCUUGCGUGGCUCUUUCCUCGUCAAUGGCAAUCCGGUCCAGCCCGCUCCAGAUGGAGGCUAUACAACAGGUCUCCUGGACUCCGUUUACUUCGGUUUUGCUCUCCACCCUGAUGGUACCGUGCUGGUGACAGAGAAGAGAUAUUGCACUCCUGCCAAUUCUCCCGCUGAGGAUGGCACGAAAGAAGAGAGUGAGUGCUGGCAGCAAACCGUGCUGGUCCCACACGAAGCCUUCAAGGGCGAUGUCCCUGCUGACUUGAUCAACAAAUACAGCCACUGGCUGGUGAAGAAGCCAUCGCCUGCCAUCUAUUUCCGACCUACACACUUCCAGGAGCCAAAGUUUGCAUUGGGCUGUUCGGAGACAGGUUCCGAUUUUGUGUUGGACCUGGAACAGAAGCAGAUCAAGGACACCGAGUCAAGCUUGUACUUGAUCGACAUUUGCAGCGAAACCUUUGGAGAGCUGUUCAAUGUCUUUGGACGAGUAGCACCGCGAGAUCGGGUCCACGUCUUUGCCUGUGACCCACGGCCGCUGGUCUUCCUUCCAGCUCUACAAAUGCGCUUCCAUGUGGAGAAGGAGACGGGCAGGAUCGAAAGCCACGAGCUGGGUGGCUAUGUGGCCUCCAACCAGAAUCUUGGAACCCUCAUCGGCUUGGAGCAUGGUUUGCUUCUGGAGACGAACCAGACGAACCAUGAACAGGUUGAGCAGAUGCUCUUGUUGCCUCAUGCCAAGGCUUCGCGUACACCCGAUGCAAGGCACUGCACGGUUUCCCUGACUCUGAGCGAACUUCGUUCUCCGCCUUUCUUUGUGUACACCCUGCGGCCUCACUUGUGUGAGCUCCGCGGCCAGACAGGUCGAUUGCCUUGGAUCUACCUGGCGAAGCUUCAUGCGCUGACCUCCCACGUGUUGCCAGAUCCAUUUCUGCAGCGCACCGGCACGGCAGCAGCCCUCUCUUUGCUACGUUCCGCAAGGUGCCGUGGCAACCUGCGCAACAGCCUCGAUGAGAAGAUCGAUCUUGGCAGGGCGGAAAAGACGUUCCUGGAGAUCGCAGAGCUCUCAGCCACACGCUCGUUCUAUCCGGACCAUCUGCAGGUUAUGGAAGUGGUCGACUUUCAUGGGAUGCCAGGCUUGUGUGCCCACGAAGGUUUUGCUUUUCUCGCUCGUGACGCCCUCCUAGAGGUGCUGGAGCAGCGCAAACUCACAGGAGAGCAGGCAGGCAAAAAGCUGGAGAAGGCAGUUGAGGAGAUGCAGGACACAUGCAGCGCGUUGGCUCGACGGGCCUACUUGCGCAGCCGGGAGGUCUACGGCUUGCCUGCGCGCCUAGAGCCGGAAGAGGAAGACGCGGCUCUGCAGGGACCCUGGCGGCCCUGGGCUCCAGCCGAGUGGCAAGAAGAAGAUCACGACAGAGCUUCGUUGCGACAAGUUGCGCUGGUAUGUUUAAGCCACUCUGACUUUCCUGUGUCCCCAGCAGUCUCGCUGCAAGAUUUCCUACGCUCAUCGGAAGACUUGAAGGGAUACUCCCACGUCGAGUUGGAGGCUGGCAGUCUAGUUGACUGGUACCAGAUCGGACAGAAUUGCGAGAACAUGAGGCUCUGUUGGGUUGCAUUGUACCAGGCUGCUCUUCGCUGUGAGAACAGACGUCGCUUUGACUUCUUCUUGGCUUACUUGGCACGGAAAUGGCCCCAGCAUGUGGUGCAUUUGCAAGUCCUCUCGACCAUUGCCAUUCACCAGGAGACCUUCUCGGGCAUAGAGUUGCCACCACAUCAGUUCUAUAAGCAUCCGGACGAACACGAUCUCGACACGGAGACAGUCCGAGGCAUAAUCAAGGCAGGCCAGAAGCAGUUCGAUGAAGAAGAGCCACACUUCAGGGACCCCGUAAAACAAGAGAGAGCUUCGAGGGAGCACCAGCAACGCCGCAGCCGGUUUCAGCGUGACAGCUUCCAAGACCUAUCGCGCAUCGAAGGGGAAACGAAAAGGAAGUGGCUGCACGGGGGUGAGAUGCAGCGGUUUUCGUGUGCAAAAGGCACAGUCAAGAACCCCGAGCUUCUGGCCAAACAGAUCAAUGCCUACCUGAUCAGAUGCAGGCAGGCUUGGGAUCUGCGAAACUUCUUGGAGCACGUGGAGACGAAGCUCCAAGAGCUGAAGGAGGACGGCGAAGUCCACGAAGAGCUCCCGGAAGAGUGGGAUGUCACUUUUCCUCGUGCGCUCGUACCUCCAACGCCUCGAGAGUCCAUGUGGCUGUCCGAGCCCACAGGGGUGGAGGUCGUCAAAUGCGCCACUUUGGACAGGCUGUGGGAGACGGGACAAUUCCGAAAGCCAGUCAUCCUGAAUGGCUCGUCUCGUAAAACCCGCGCUCCCACCUUGCAGCUGUCUCCAGACGAGGAGCAUGCCAUGAUCAACGAGCAGUUGCUGGAUCCGUUGCACGAGAGCUGGGAGAUGGCGCACACGAUGCAGCCGCCAGAGCAGCAACCCACCCAGCUACCGACCUCCCUGAAGACGCUCGCACUCUUUCCAGAGGUGAAAUCUAGCAGCCAAGGAAGAGUUAUUGGAGCCUAUGCAAUCUGCUUGCGUGCAGAGCAGCGCACCUUGCGUUGCCUGCGUCUGGCGGACGGGGGAGAGAUGAGCUCUUGGCUUGCGAGGGAGCUUCAUCCGUCCAGCGUUGGCUGCACGAACUGGAAGCCGACGGAGCACCCGGAGUGGUUGCUCUUGGAGGUCGACAAUGACUUCUGCAUUCGUGAACAGCAGGUUUCCGUGGCCAAAAGCAUGAUGUUCGAGGGUACAGAGAAUCCAGAAGAUAUGCAGAACCGUCUUAUGCAAUUGAACAUGGGCGAAGGAAAGAUGCUCGAAAGCAUUGGUCGUUACAGAUGCUGCUCCAGGACAUCAGUCAUCGUCCCCCUUUUGAUUGCAUCUUUGGCGGAUGGGAAGAGUCUUUUGCGUGUCACGGUUCUAUCCUCCUUGUGGCACAGCAAUGCAGCGGAGUGGCAGCAGAAGCUCGGCGGUCUUCUGGGGCAUCGGCUGCAUCCCAUGCUCUGCCGCCGGGAUCUGAAGCUGGAGGAGAGCGAGGCGCAGAGCCUCCACAGUUUGCUGGAGCGUGUCCGACUCGGCAGGGAUGUCAUCGUGACGGUGCCCGAGCAUCGCCUCUCUUUCGAGAACAAGGCGCUCGAGAUGGCCUACAGAUCCGACAACAAGAAGAUGCAGACGAGCCAGGCUCUGCAUUCCGUCCUCGACUUUCUGAAGAUGCAUGUGAGGGAUGUCUUGGACGAGUCCGACGAGAUCUUGCAUGCGAAGUACCAGCUGAUCUAUACGCUCGGCAACCCUGGGGAGCUUGAUGGUGGACGGCUUCGAUGGCGGGUGGCCUCUUGUGUGCUUGCUUCCGUGGCUCGCAGGGCUGAAGGCUUGGCCGAGACGUUUGGAAAGGAGGCGGUGGAGUUUGUUCCGGGCACUCCGGACUUUCAAUAUCCCACCAUCCGCUUGCUGGACCAUGACAGCAGCAAGGCCGCUUACGAACAGCUUUGCCGGUGGAUUGUGGAGGAUGUGCUCGGAUCGGAGCAGUCGAGCCUUUCCCUGCCCAUUUGUGGAGAGGAAGAGAGGCAGGCCUUCAAGGAAUGUGCUCUCGAAGCGUGUUCGGAGAACAAGCCAUGGACCAAACUGCACGGGAGUGUGCAGCCAGUCGCUUAUGUCCUACGUGGCCUGCUUUGCCACAACGUCCUCCGACUUGUUCUCGGCAAGCGAUGGAGAGUAGAGUUUGGGGCGCAUCCUUCAGGUCGCUGCCGUAUGGCCGUACCAUACAGGGCCAAGGAUGUGGCUGCUGAGCGCACGGAGUUCGGACACCCAGAUGUGGCCAUCAUGCUUACGUUGGUGACGUACUACAGGGGUGGGCUGGACAAGGAAGCGAUGGAAGAAGUCUUCAGACGCCUUCAUCGGAAGAACGAGCGUCAGGCAGCCGCGACUUACAGGCAGUGGACUUGCCAGAUGAGAGCCUCAAUGCCCACGGAACUGCGUGAGUGGUCUGGUGUAAACCUGGAUGACACGGAGACCUUGCAUAAGAAAAUCGUCCCGGCCAAGCAGUUUCCACAGAAGCUGGUUGCAACACCGUGGGAUUUGUGUCCUGUGGGCCGUAUCACCACUGGCUUUUCUGGGACGGACGAUGCCAGACUGCUGCUUCCGACAACCAUCCAGCAAUGCAAUCUCCAAGAGCUGGCUCACACGAACGGGCUUGUCCUGCGGAAUCUGAUGCGGAAGGAGAACCAAAGCUACCGGAAGCUUCCACACGAUGCUGCAGGACGCGAGAUCUUGGAAGAAUUGAUGCGGGACCGCGAUGUUAAUGUCUUGCUAGAUGCUGGAGCGCUGGUCAUAGACAAGUCGAACCAAGAGCUGGCAGAAGAAUGGCUCAAAACACGUCGCCGUCGCGGACUCCGCGACAAGGAGGCAGCUAUUUUCUUCAAUGCCAACAACACUGCUUCCGUCGUGAAUGAAUUUGGGAAGGUGAUGUCCUUGUCAGUCUCGCCCUACGAGCGAUCCCUCGACAAGUGCCUGCUAUACUUGGAUGAUGUGCAUUGCCGUGGAUGUGAUUUCCGCAUGCCAAAAUCCAGCAGAGCCAUCGUCACACUAGGACGUGGCAUGCAGAAGGACAAGCUCGUGCAAGCUUGCAUGAGAAUGCGUUUGUUGGGCAAUGGGCAUGCCGUCGCUUUCCUGGCAUCCUUCGAGGUGGACCUCCAAAUCCAGACAUACCUACGCAAGCCAGAGCUUCAGGACGCUCCCAUCGUCGCCUCCGUCCUCUCCUGGUGUCUCACGAACACUGCGAAGGCCAUCGCAGAAAAGCUGCCGUACUGGGCCAGCCAGGGAGCUGCACGCAUCCGCAAGGAGGCCGCGUACGCAGCACAUGCCAACCUUGGCUUGGAGGAGCUUCCCAAGGUGGCUGGCGCCUGUGCAGAGGACGAAGUCCUGCUGCUGGAAGCCAUGUAUGGCCAUGCUCGUGCACAGGCGACUCUCCCCCAGAUCGUUAAAGAGGUGUUGCGGCGUGUUGCAAAUGCCGUGAAUCCAUUCAACAAGUUUGGCGACGGCACUCGCUUGAGACGGCUAGGGACCGAGAUCCAAGCUCGGGUUCAAGCUCUUGCCAGCGAUGUGACGAUGCCUUCACGGAUGUUGGAUGAAGAGCAGGAGCGCGAGCUCGAAGCCGAGUUGGAGGAGGAACGACAGUUGGAUCGUCCGGGCCCUGCAGAGCCCUGCAAACCCCAUGUGUCACCCGGCGUGUGGGAUCUUGCUACCACAGGCCGCACGACUCAGCCAUUUUGUUCCAUUGCACAGCUGCUCCAGAGGACAUCCUUCCCUCACAAGGAUUGGGCUGUGGUAAAUGUCAAGGUGACCCCUGACUUCAUUGCAACCGUUAAAAACAAUGGUGUUCUCGACAGCUACCUUCGACCAGCCCUCUGGCUGCUGCAAGGACACAAGCAGCAGGUCCUGAUCUCCAACUACGAAGCCGAAGCUGUUGCAAGCUGCUUCAGCACAGGCCGUGAUGCGAAGCUCGUGUUGGUGGGCCGGCGCCUUCGUCCCCAUCAGGCGCCAGUGAGCGACGUGGCACUUCCGACCGCCGUCCAUGUUUUCGCUGGCAGCCUGUACGGCAAUGCAGAGACAUCGCGAGAUUCAGAGAUCGAGAAGCAGCGCAGCUUCCUGGGAAUCAGCUGGCCCGUCUCCAAGAGUGAAGCGUGGACUGAUUUCUACAACCGCCAGGUGGUGGAGAGGGAUGGCUUUGUAGCGCCCGUCAAUCGGGCUCGAGUCUCGGCAGAGGAUCCACCUCUGACUUUGGAGCCUUCACCUUUUGCAUCGAGCCCGGUGCGCAUGCUACGACGUCUCCUUGGAGCCCGGCACCUGGGCGGAGAGCUCCCUUUUGCACCGCUGGGAAUGCUUUUGUGCACGGACUGUGAUGAUUGA